AUGGAUGCUGCGUCGUCGAUCCGCCCGGCUGGCCGAACAGUGGAGCUGUUCAACGAGAACGUGUUCUCAGAGCUUCGGUCACGUGCCGGCAUUCCAGAUGAUUUCCUGAAUACCGGUUGGGAUUUCGCAAACUUCCAGCACGGAGGCGGAAAAGGCGGGAGCAUGAUGGCAUUUGUCGAAGACAAAUUUAUCGUCAAGGAACUUAGCGUGGGCGACCACAAGUCGUUGCUGAGUUUGGCUCCGUCCUAUGGCGAUCACGUACGGACAGGCGACACUUUGCUUUCGCCAAUAUAUUUGCAUUUCAGAGAUAUGGCAUCGGAUAGGUACCUCUUCGCCAUGCGCAACAGCAUCGGCAAGAGCCCGUUUAAGGCGUGCUAUGACCUCAAGGGUUGCGCAGACGACAAGCUCAUCGAGAAAGAAGGUGAGCGCAUCAAAGCCGUGCACAAACGGAUAUGGAAGGUCGGCAUGUGGUGUGGCCAGGUGAAUUGGACGGAUGAGCGUAAGCGCUACCAUGCCGGGAAAGUGGAAGCUCGAAGAAUUCAGGUGGAGCUUCAACCGCAGCAGCGAUCUUCCUUCAUCAGCUUGCUGAAGCGGGAUACCGACUUUCUGGCAGGGCACAACCUGAUGGACUACAGUUUGCUGAUCGCGACGAAGGAGAUCCCCUCUGGAGAGGAGUCUCCCGGCCCGUCCGCGCUGAAGCUAUACAGGUGUGCCGGCCCGAAUGGCAAGGACCUCCUGGUCUACAUGUCCUUGAUCGACUUUCUACAAGUCUGGACCACUGGCAAGCGCGUGGCGAGGUGCAUCAAGGUCUGCGAGUGCAACAAGGCAACGAUUCCGCCGAAGGCGUAUGCAAAUCGCAUGCUGACGCACUUCACCCACCAAGUCGUCGAGGCUCAGGAUGGCUCAGCCGCGGAUCCUGAGGACGUCGACUUUGACAGCCUAGUUCCGGAGAAGCUCAUCAGCCCACCGCUGCCGACGCAUUACAGCAACACCUUGACAGCAUCUCGCACGAGUGAUGCGCUGGCUUAG